GGCAGGUAACACUCGGGACAGGGGUCGGGUAGGCGCGAGUCGUGGGUCGCGGGGUCGCUGGGGCGCGCGGAAGGUAGCGGUUGUCGCCCGAUUUCGAGGGAUCCUAGCCCACUUCCUGUUUCGAUGCUUCACGUGCGCUCGGGAUAACUGCGCUCAACCUGGUCCGGCAUCCCACCAGACUUCUAGUUCUUUCUUUCGUCAAGCAGGACGCCGCUUAGCCUUCAGCCCCACUUCGUCCCUCAGAUUUCACACUGUCCCCGGAGUCCCUCAUCCCUUUCUCUCAGAGCCUAAGUCUUAAAGGAUGAAGACAAAGGCACUGUUUGAAGAAAAUUGUUAAGUGGAGAAGUAAAAAGAUUUUUUUUUUGAGAAGUGUGGAUGAAGACAAAGUGGAUACCAAUCUUGAAGUUUUCCAAAGUAGGAGCCAUCUACCUCUCUAUAUAAGCACUUAUUACUGGUUUCCCUAUGACUUUAUUCCAUGAUAAGAUGAAAAUUCAUAUGCUGUCUGAAGCAUUCACAGAAUCAUCAUAUUGAAUAUACAGAGUUCUCAAACGUUAUCUUUACAAUUUGUUCCAUUGACUUCACAAUGUCGGAGAUCAGAUUCAGCAAUCUCACUUGGGAUCAUAUUGUAACACUGGAUCGUGUGUUAGAUGAAGUAAUUCCAAUUCAUGGAAGGGGCAAUUUCCCCACACUGGAGGUAAAACCAAAACAUAUAGUUCAUGUUGUAAAAGAUCAACUCAUAAAGCAGGGCAUUAUUGUUAAAGAUACAAGGUUGAAUGGCUCAACAGCAAGUUACAUACUCGCAAGCCAUAAUGGAAUCAGCUAUAAAGAUUUGGACAUUAUUUUCGGUAUUGAUAUACCAAGUGAUCAAGAAUUUCAUGUAGUUAAGGAUGCAGUUUUAGGCUGUCUACUUGACUUUUUGCCAAAAGGUGUUAAAAAAGAAAAGAUUACCCUAAAAACCAUGAAAGAAGCAUAUGUGCAGAAAAUGGUAAAAAUUUACAAUAACCAUGAUCGUUGGAGUCUCAUCUCCCUUUCAAAUAACACUGGGAAGAAUGUAGAAUUAAAAUUUGUGAAUUCACUCAGACGACAAUUUGAAUUUAGUGUAGAUUCUUUUCAAAUUCUUUUGGAUUCCAUGUUAGAUUUCUAUAGUGUCCCAAAUGCCAAGCUAACCAAAGAAUCCUGUCCUGUUGUGGUGGCUGAAAGUAUGUAUGGGGACUUUCAAGAAGCAAUGAUACAUUUAAAAUACAAGCUAAUAUCUACCAGAAAACCUGAAGAGAUCAGAGGUGGUGGCCUUUUGAAAUAUAGCAAUUUGUUGGUUCGUGACUUCAAACCAGCUUCUCAAGCAGAAAUUAAGAUUCUGGAACGUUAUAUGUGUUCUAGAUUUUUCAUUGAUUUUCCUGAUGUAGCAGAACAGCAAAAGAAGAUUGAAUCAUACCUCCGCAACCAUUUCAUAGGUGAAGAAAAGAGCAAGUACGACUACCUUAUGACCUUGCAUGGAGUUGUGAACCAAAGUACUGUCUGCCUCAUGGGAUAUGAAAGAAGGCAGACCCUUAACAUGAUCACCCUUUUGGCUUUGAAAGUACUUGGAGAACAGAAUAUUUUACCCAGUACAGACAACGUAACUUGCUUUUAUCAACCUGCUCCAUACCUAGUUUUUGAGAGAGGGUACCCUCGUUAUUAUGUAGCAUCAGGGCCACCACUGCUUUAUUUCCAGCCAUGUAGAAGUUCAGUGCAGUUCCCUGUGCUAAAUGGUAUGAUGUAAGAAAUACACAUACCAGAAGUUUGCUUAAGCACCUCUGAAAUGCAAUUUUCCAAGUUCUGUAAAAGGUUAGGAUCUAUUUUUGUGUAGUUGCCAACUAUUUUUCAGCAAUUGAAGCUUCAAUAAUCAUAGUAAAUAAGGUAUCAUCUCUGAACUGACAUUUUAACAAGAAUGUUGUAACUUUAAUAUGUUUCAAACAGUAGAAUACUUGAAAUUAUUUUUCAAAUCUCACUGAUGCAAAUUUACUGCGACCAGUAUAAGAUGCCUACAUAUUUGGCUAAUGUAUGAAAGAAUACGUUUCAUGUUUUAAAAUGAAGUGUAGUGAAGAGAUAUUAUAACAUGUUUAUUAUAAUUAGUUCCUUGUUAUACUAUUUUUUUUCUUAGCAAAUAAUAGCAUGAUUUUUUUUUUAUAAAUUGAAAGUAUCUGGUUUUGAAGAUAAUUUUAAAUGAUGUUAAAACAGUGGAUUGUAAGCCUGUGUUUCCCAAUAGAAUUUGUCAGCUUGAAAAUAUUGCUAAAAUUUAAAGAACCACUUGGAAAAAUACUCUUGAAAACAGGAAUUUAUCCUUUACAUUGUAAGAAUUUAGCUAAUCUGUGGAUCAAAAGGUACCUUUCAGCUGAACAACCAAGAACAUGACUUAUGCAGGGAUUUUUGGCAUGUAAAUAAGUUGAAACAGAAAAAAAAAGACUAAUUCUGAACAUGAAACUUUUCCAUCAUCAUCUCUUAAGAUAAAACUAAAUGGAAGAGAAAAGAGAACACCACCAACAAUGACAGAAAAUUAGAAUUUCAGCCAUGAUAUUCAAGGUUUCUUUUUUUUUUUUUUUUACCUAUUUGAUCAAUAUCCUAAUACAUCUGGAAAUGUUCAUCAUUAGACAUUGAAAGCACUUAUCAUCACUAAAUGAAGGAUUUUUUCCAACACCAAGGAUUUGUUUCUAGUAUCUUCAAUGUUAUAUUUCAGUUAAUAGCACUCUUUUUUUGCAGUAUUGCAUAUAUUCGACAUUAUUCUCAAUAUCUACUCAGUAUAUCAGAUAUCCACUAGCAAAUCUAUGAGUGUGCUUUAAAAAGAACUUUCUUUAUAUAAUGAAAAGAGCAGUUCUAUGGGAUGAUAACAGCAAGCUUGUCUGAAUUAAUAUCAAUAAGGCCAUCGGAAAAUUUAAGUAUUUUUCUGUCACUACAAGAACCAGCUAUCAAAAUCUUGAAAUGUGCUGCCUACAGACUGUAUUUAAAGUCUCUUCUCAGUAUUAUAGUAUUGAAUAGAAUAGUAUAAUUUCUAUGGAAUUUUUCAAGUAGUUAAUAUUUCUGACAUUUUGUAUAUACACAUGCAUCACUGGGCAUUGAUGUGCUCAAAUAGUUACAUGUAUAAUACAAAAUCCUAAGGCUUUAAAAUCUGGAUUUAUGCUUUCAGGUAGAGAGAAAAUAAAAAUUAUUAAAUACUAAAUUAAGGAAUUGUAUCACUGUACUGUCUUUAUCUUAUAUUAGCUAAAAUAUAAUGAUCAUUCUUUGUGUCCUAACAUAAACUUUAGUUUUCAGGAAGUGGGAAUACAUAUACAUAAAACUAAAGUAACUCAUCAAUAACAAGAAUAAUUCUAAAAGAUACAGGGGAGUUACUUGAGAAUAAAAUGAUUGUGUUAGUGGUAUGAUUGCUAAAAGUUCAGUAUUUCCCAUUGUUCUUUAAUAAUAGAAUUGUGAAGGUAUUUGGGAGCAUCUUAUCACAUCUGCCACCAGGUUGCUUCUUACUGGUAUUUGCCCCAAACUCUUUAUUUCCUAAGAAGCAAUUUUUCUAUGUCAUUUUCCUAAAGCUUUAAAUGUAAUGUAGGGUGAAUAGUCCAAAAGGUACAUGCUUUCUUCUUACAUUUUAAGUGUCUU